CUAUUCAGUUGGAAAUUACUCGCGUCAAACAACAGUAGUGCUUGUAAGUAAAACGUUAACUUGUCUAAUUUAUUUGGUUGUUUGCGACCUUGUUAUUAAAAUAUAAUUUGAUUGCGAAAAGUUAAAAAUUAUUGAAUUAAAUUUCACUAGAAUAUUAAAUAAAGAAGGUAUGCCUCUAUGAGAUAUCGAAACGGUGAAUAAUUAUCUACAAUACCAAACACACACCUGCAUAGUUACCAAAAAGAGUAACAAAGUCUGCGUGUUAACAAAACUGCGCUAUGUGUGUGGAAUAGUGGCUAGUGAGAGUGCGUUGCGUAUGAAUAUAUGUACAUAUGAAUUGGUAUGUGUGAAUUGACGUUAUAAACAUAUGGAAAUAAAGUUGUGUUACCAGUGAAUAUAGUCAACCCUUUUCAUGGAACGUUGUAACUUGUGGUUCAUCGCGUUGGCCAAUACACCGUGGCGACGUCGAUGCUGCUGUUAGCAAGAAUCAAACAAGUGGGACUCAGUGCAUUACUAACAGCGCUGCCCAAGCGAUCGCAGAUGUGAAUUUGAAUGUGUCACGGUUUGUGUAUGUGAAUGUGAUUUGUAUUUCGUAAUGUUAAAAACAACUUAAAGAAACGCUGUCAACAAACGCGAUUUUAACGCUAUUUUGGGCGUUGCCGCAAAUGAUUACGGAGCACCGUUCUACAAUUUCGCUUAAAAACAGAGAUAUUUAGUUACGAUUGGAACUUAUCCUUUUCCAUUCACUCGAAAUACUAGUUAUUUAUAAAGCUAUAUAUAGAUUGUAAUAAACGAAGUCAGACCUUUUCAAAAUAUAUAAUAUGCUCACUAAAAAUAAAAGGACACAUAUAUAUACCAAAAAACAAAUAUGUAGAAAUCAGCACAUAAUCGACAAUGAAGCCGAAAAAACUGUCGCUCAAUUGUCUAAAAGUACAAAAGCCAUUCGAAUACAAAAUUUUAAAUAUCGUGAUAAACUGAAGAUUACUACAAUGUUAGUCAUAGCUUUCUAUUUAGUCUUAAGCAACGUUUGUGGCAUCAAAGCGCAAACUCGUGAUCCACGGUUCUUUUCACGACCCGGCGUCAAUGAUUAUAAUUGGCCGAAUCCAGGUGAUCCAGAUUACAGAACAUACAUAUUUAAUGAUCGCCGGUAUGGACAUUACUUACCUAACGGUUACGGUACGAACUAUCCUGGUAGAAAUUCUCCUGGGCAAUAUCCGCAGGGCAUGCCCAACGAAGAUCGAUUUCGAUUUGAUCCGAAUAACCCGAAUGCAGCGCAUACGCCCUUCCCUGGCAUUUUGGCCGGCUGGCGUGAAGAUUUACAGGGCAAACAACGACGUGACUCGCUGACAUUAGAUCGCGAUGUAUUUGUCACGACCAAUUAUGGCCAAGUGCAGGGCUUCAAAGUUUACAUGUAUGACAACCCUGAUCCCAAAUCAUUCUACAGACCAUACCAUUCAACUGUCGAUCGGGUGAUGGGCGAAUGCUCGGUUUUCUUGGGCAUUCCUUACGCCUUGCCACCCACGUUCGAAGGUCGCUUUAAGCCACCCCGUUUGCAUCGUGGAUGGCAGUUGCUACAAGCUGUUGACUAUGGACCUGCAUGCCCACAACCGGUACGGUACACUGGCGCUACUAAGGGCAUUAUGGAUAUGGAUGAAGACUGCCUCUACUUGAAUAUUUUUUCCCCAAAGACUGGUGCUGGCGUUGCUCAAAAAUAUCCCGUUAUGGUGUAUAUUCAUGGAGGAGAAUUCGUGCAUGGCGCUUCGAAUCACUUCCAAGGUCAUAUUCUCGCCUCCUUCUAUGAUGUGGUUGUUGUGACUAUAAAUUAUAGGCUGGGUGCGCUUGGCUUUUUAUCCACCGCUGAUGAAAACUCGCCUGGCAACUAUGGCAUAUUAGAUCAAGUUAUGGCGCUGAAAUGGAUAUAUGAUAAUGUUGAAUUUUUCAAUGGUGAUCGUGAUUCGAUUACAUUGUUUGGCCCUGGUGCAGGAGCAGCCUCAGCUGGACUGUUAAUGGUUGCACCGCAAACUAAGAACAUUGUGAAAAGAGUUAUUGCCCAAUCAGGUGCAGCUAUGGCCGAGUGGGCGCUAAUUCAAGAUAAAUAUCGUGCACAGAAUACCAGUCGUGUAUUGGGGCAAUUACUAGGCUGUUCCAUAGAAUCGUCUUGGAAAUUAGUAAACUGUCUACGCACUGGACGCAGCUUCUAUGAGCUAGGCAAUGCGGAGUUUCCCCCCCAAGUGGGCACUUUUGCCUGGGGUCCAGUUUUGGAUCACAAUUUCACACUCCCUGGUGAUGAUUGGUAUGAAGGUUGGCGAGAAAAAGACUGGCGGUUUCUUACACAAACGCCAGAAAGUCUCAUACGUCAGGGUCACUUUAAUCGUGGUAUGCAAUACAUGGCGGGAGUGACGACGCAAGAGGCAGCCUUUUUUGUAGCACAAAAUGAAUCGUUAGCACCUUAUUACGAAAUCGAUGGGAAUUUUUUUGAUCAAAAAAUCCGCGAACAUGUCUUUCGCUACAAUUACACACUGAAUCCAAACGGCGUCUAUGAAGCCAUUAAAUACAUGUAUACUUAUUGGCCUGAUCCCAACAAUAUUUCCAUAAUACGCGAUCAAUACAUUAAUAUGCUUUCCGAUUUGUACUACCGAGCUCCAGUUGACAAAAUGGUAAAAUUACUAUUGGAACAGCGAAUACCAGUAUAUAUGUAUGUUCUAAAUACCACUGUGGAGGCUUUAAACUAUCCGCAAUGGCGCAAAUAUCCACAUGAUAUAGAACACUAUUUUCUUACCGGCGCACCUUUCAUGGAUAUUGAGUUUUUUCCGAAAAGGGAUCAUUUACAGCGGAAUGUGUGGACCGACAACGAUCGCAACAUGAGUCAUUUUUUCAUGCAAACCUAUUCAAAUUUCGCCAGAUAUGGCAAUCCAACGCCUCAACAAGUCUUAGGUUUGCAUUUCCAACGUGCCUACCAGGGUGAACUCCGAUAUUUGAAUAUUAAUACCACCUUCAACUCAUCUAUUAUGCUCAAUUAUCGCCAAACCGAAUGUGCAUUUUGGACACAAUAUUUGCCAACAGUAAUCGGCGUGUUGGUGCCUACUUAUCCGCCCACAACAGAAUUUUGGUGGGAGCCUAAAGAGCCUUUGCAAAUUGCUUUUUGGACUAUGUCUGUAGCAUGCUUCUUUCUCAUCGUUUUAGUGGUUAUCUGUUGUAUUAUGUGGCGCAAUGCCAAAAGGCGAUCAGAUUUUUAUGAUGACGAUGUUUUUAUAAACCCUGAUGGUACAGAACCGCCUGAUGACGGGCAAAGCGGUGUAGACAAUGCACACAUGGUAGCCAAUCAUCACGCGUUACGAUCCCGCGAUAAUAUUUAUGAAUAUCGAGACUCCCCGUCAUCCAAGACGCUUGCGAGUAAAAUUCAUACCGAUACAACAUCUGUUCGAUCUCCCAGCUCGUUGACUAUGACACAUAAAUCGGGAAGCCAAUCAUCACUAAAAUCGGCGAUUUCAUUAAAGGAAACAAACGGUGGCACAUUGACCAGUAACUUGAGCAAUACUCGCCCCACUCGUCCACUUGCUCUAAAUAAUGGUGUUGUCUCCAUCACACCACAACCAAACAAAAUCGAAGAAAAAAGGUUAUUAACACAUGAUGGAGCCACACCUACACCAAUAUCAAGUACUCCUUUAAUAACAACGGCAACUGCCACGAUUUCAGCCGCAUCAGAGUCUGCAAGUUAUAAGCCUAAAUCUACGGUUAACAUAGCCUCCACAAGCACAGCACCCAGUAGUGCCGGCACUGUGAGCAGUCGCAGCACAACGCCUGUGCCCAGCGCACGUACACUCACCACAACAACUGCAUUAACGACGGCACCGCAGUUGCAACGCUUAGGACAAACGACGACAUCUGCUCAAUCGCAGACAAAGCCUCAAGCCCGAACACAAGUUAUUGAAGGUGUGCCACAAACAUCAGUUUAGGAGAUACAUAUAUCACUAGGUGGGGGCGACGGUCAGUUGUUAUUGAGAAAGCUAUUGUAACAAUCAUUUAGAGAGCGACAUAAAAUAGUUUGAUAUUUCUAUAUGUAUUAUAUGGAAACAGCUCGAUAAAAUAUGACACUUUAUUAAGAUUUGUUUUAAUUGAACACUAAAAAAAAAUUAAAAAGCCCAGAAGCUUUCCAUAAUUUAAGUACUAAAUAAGUCAUAACCUGCUUUAUGACAAUUUUUAUAAUUUUUAAUUAUACUUAAUUUUUAUUUAUACUUAAUUAUGCAGUAAGAGUGUUUUCCUUCACCAUCUUGCAUUUGGGACUAUAGAGAAUCUAGAAUCUAAGCAACGAAUAUAUCGCUUUUGUGUAUUAGAUUUAGCAUUAGAAUAUUUUCACUGUCAGCCCAGCUCACGACAAACCAUGCACAUGCAUAUAUCCGAACAACGGCAUUACAGCUACAUACAUAUGUAUGCUUAAAUUUCUGAAGAAAACCUUAAUACCUUUGUUUUUGCUUUCAAGUGUACUUGAUAAAAAACUGAUGUAUAGUGAUAUAGAUUUCUAAUAGCAGUUUAUGUUUAAUUAAUUUUCUAACCUAAUUUAUGUGUAAUUUAUAUAUAUAUUAUUAUUUAUGUUAUUAUUCCAACAUUUGCAUUGUUUCAUAUAUUCCGAUAUACAUAUAAUUGAUUAUUCGUUCAUGGCAGCAUAUUAAAAUAUCUAUCUAUAUUUAACAUCUAUAUGGUAUUAGAAAGAUACAAAUUUGUACUAAAAACAAGAAAAAACGUGAACUUCAUUUGCCGCUUUACAAAUACAAAAAUUAGAAGCUAUAUAAUAAAAGUUUUCCAUACAAGCACUUGACUCCGACCGUUCAGUUUGUAUAGUAGUUAUAGUGGUCCGAUAAACGGCAGUUCACACAGAGGAACAGCUUCUUGGAGAGAAAAGAACGACGGCAGGUAAUCAUCUACUAUCAUCUGCUUCACUACAGCUAAACUCAGCUAAACUCAUAGUUCGGGCCAGUAACGUGAAAUAAAGGAACGUCUUAAGUAGGCAAUCGGCCAGAAUUGGGCAAUAGGAGAUAAAUUGUUUUCUAUCAGGACAACGCAAGCUUAUAAUUCUUAUGCAUCCACCUUAUAGUGCUGUUGGGAUUCUAACUAAAAUCCCAGUUCUUUGCCAAUAGGAUCGAGGGUUUCUAUCAGAACCUUCUAAAUGGCAAAAAGGUAUUUAACAAAACGUUGCAAAUCUCCCCUAGGUUGGAUCAUACUGCCUAUACUAAAUAAAACCUUUAAUUUAAUUAAAAACUAAUACUUAGAUAACUUUUUAUAAGCCCUUAUAUAAGGCAACUUUUUAUUUUUGAAUUUUUAUAGAUAAUAUAUAUUUUCAUUAUACCAACUUAUUCCAUUGAGAUAAAGUUCUUAUUAAAUCUGUAAGAAAUAUUAAAAUUAAAUUUGCUUUAUAAAUCUGUUAAUACGAGAUAUGAGCAAAAAUAUAAAAUGACGUCAAAAACUAUGUGUAAAUAGAAAUAUUAUUUUUAAUAAGCAAACUUCCAAUAUUAGUACUACUACAUAUUAAUUAAUAAAGGUAAUUUUAUCGGGCUUGCGGUAAGAAUUUUACUAUUUUUCUCGAGCGAAUAUUUCGAUCUUUUAGCAAUUUUUAUCUCAUAAGUAUGUUCUAAAUUAUUUACAUUAAGAAAUAUAUCAGAGUACUAGUAUAAAUAUAAUUAAUUUUAAGUGGUUUAUCUACGAGCUUGUAGUGAUCAACACCAUCAGUGUAAUCCGUCCAAUAUACCAUAAACGAAUAAGUGCCUCAGUUUACAUAUAUGCAAGUUUCUUUCUGCUUGUUUUUGUUGGUGUAAAUAUGCGACAGAACUUUAAUGCAUAACUUAUUACGAAGCGUAAUUCCGAAAAGUUUAUAUGUUUAUUUUUAAGAUGUAUGUAUGUACUCAUUUCGUAUGUUUUUUGUCAUUUAGACAAUGUUUUUACAAUGUUUUUACAAUAUUUUAUAUGUUUAAUAAAUUGUAAUUGUAUUUGUAUGCGUCUAA